CUUGCCACUGGAGAAAAGAAGAAGAAAAUGUUGGUUUGGGUUGUGUGUCCCGUCCCCAUAACCCCCGCCCCCCGAGAGUCAAAUGUGCAUAAUUUGGGGGCGGGGAGCUCUUACUUUUGCAAUCUUGCUUCCUACCCGAUCGUUUGCAAGGCCAGUCUGAGAGGCGGGCAGUUCCUUGCUGGAAUCCCGCCUCCUUGUCUAAAGCCUCACCUUUCUCGUUUCGCCAAACUCAGCCUUAUAGUGGGGCCAGCUGCUCGCCAGACCUUUCCCUCGUUCGUUUUUCGCCAUGCCGGGUCCUGAGGCGCUCUUUGCGCUCUUGAUCUCGCCAGUUCUGCUUGCUUUGGCCCUUGUUCUCUCGGGCCCUUGGAGGCUCUUAGAUUCCCAGCCGCCUCUGGAUUUGAUGAAGGAGUUGGAGCAGCGGCAGCAAGACCUGAGUCGCCUGGCAGCCUCUGCCCAAGCGCGCGCUUCUCUAUCCGCCGCAAGGCGCGCAGAGGUUGCGGAGCUUUUGGGUUGCGCGCAACUGAACGGCCUGAGCGACGUGGGCGUGGUAGGUGCUGGCAUCACGAAGCUGGUGCUGAGGGCAGUUCUGUCACCCGGUGGUCCGGAAAUCGCCCUGAAAUCCGUGCACUGGGCAGGCAGCGACGUAAGUCGCUGUAUUCAACGCUACGGCCACGCGGAAGGUUGUUUCCAGCUCGCUGCUUACAAGCUGUUGAAGGAGACGAUUCUGCUGCAGGCUCUGGAUCACGAAGGGAUCAUCAAGCUGCAUGGUCAAUGCUAUAAUAAUAGCCUAUAUCCUGAAAUGAAAGUGGUUUCCAUGCUGGAGCUCGGAACCCCUUUGGAGAUGAUUCAGCUUCUGCAGCUCCCUUGGGAAGAGCGAUUUAAAAUUUGUCUGGAUCUGGUAGAACUGCUCAAUUACUUGGCAAAUUCUCCUCUAGGUUCCAUUGCUCUUCUAGAUUUCCAACCAAGGCAAUUUGUUAUGGUGAAUGGGCUCCUGAAAGUUACAGACCUUGAUGAUGUGAGCACUGAGGAGCUGACUUGCAAAAGAGAUAAAGAUUGCAUUCUCAAAUUCCCCACAAAAACCUUCUUUCUCAAAUGUGCCAGCCAUAGGAACUGUAAAGGAAUAAAUGAGAAACGGAAUCUUUUCAAUGCAUACAGGUAUUUCUUCACUUAUCUCUUACCUCAUACUGCACCCAUUGCUUUGCAACCAAUUUUGAAGGACAUCUUGAAUGCCACCGGUGAUUUACGAUAUGGAGCAAAUGAAACUUUACGAUCUUUCCAAAAAGUUUUGCAUUUGUACAAGUCAGGACUUUAUCUGCAGAAAAAGCAUUCUCACUUAAAAGAAUAUUUUGUUGCAAAGGGAUUCCACAGUAUGGAUACAGAGGACUAUAAAUGUUGGCCUUCGUAUAGCCCUUUGAGAUGCAUGUUGUCUGUUCAUAAUGUAGAGGAAGCUGCCUCCAUUUGCAGUUUCCAUCCACAGUGCCAACAUUUUAUCAUUACUUCACAGAGAACAUGGACAGGGCGUUCUCUUGCUAUUUUUCAAAGCAAUUUGACCUACUUAAUUCCAGGUAGCACCAUGGAGGUUUAUGUUAAACGAUCUGCAUCUUCAAGAGGAAGUCUUUGAUUGAGAUGCUAGAGACAGCUUGGCAUUGUUACUGGGACUGAUGCUAUCAACCCCAAUGGAUUACAUUAUUUCUGCUGUGAAGCAAUUAUCUACACUAGUUUUAUGUGAACAAAUAUUUCAAUAAUCACAUCUCUUUAUUUAAGAACUUAUCCAAUCCAGGGGCAUUUUAUAAGCUGUUUCAUACUUACAACUAUGCAAGUCUCAAUUUCAGCCACCACUAGGAUUGGAUGAAUCGGCUUUAUAUAUAUUCAGUCUUGUGUUUCUAUUUUUUUAUAUGUUGUAAAAAAAGAAAAAGGGCAUAAGCAUUUAUUUUUCUAUGGAAUUGUUCUUCAGGGACACAUUAAUAGAGGCUUUCUUUAAUAUAUGCAUUUUAUAGACACAAUUUCCCUUAAUUUAGACAUUGUACACUGUUUUAUAACUUAUCAAUGUGCUAUUGAGAAGAAACCAAAUUAAUAUGUGUAUUACAAUUUAUUAAAUGUAUGCCACCCACCUCCCAAUGACUCUGGGCAGCUGUUAGUCCAGGAAGUACAAAUUAAUGUCGAUAUAUGCUUGACUUUACAUCUGGGGAAGUUAUUUGUUUCUGAAUAUGUUUAUGUAAUAUGUUUUUUUAAUAUAUUUUUCCCCAUUCAAUUGUGUCCAACUGUCAGAGACUUGCCAAAGUUUUUCAGAAGUGAUUUGUCAUUGCCUCCUUCCUAGGGCUGAGAGAAUGACUGGCUCAAGGUAAUCCAGCUGGCUGUGUGCCUUAGGCGGGAAUAGAACUCAGUCUCCUGGUUCCUAGCCUUAUGCCUUAACCAUUAUAUCAGACUGGCUGUUUUUGUAAUAUUUAAGUUUAUUAGAUAUGGUUGAGCCAAGUGCAAACACACACAGAAAGGUUUACGGGUAGAUUGUUGAAUGAAUGGAAGCUGACUUGCAAAUAAAUCUAAGUAACAAUUUAUCAUUUUCAGCAACAUUAUUCUGGUACUUGGAACAGGUUCAGGUUUUAAUAUGUUGUUCUAAUUGCACCCAUUUCCUUGUGUAUAAGGAAGCUCUUAACAACUCUCAAGACAGAUUUUUUAAACAUCUGUAAACCAGAAAUAUUUACAUCUUUACAUUUUAACAAUACUCAAAUUCUUUUGACCACCAGAUCCUUACAUCUUGCCAGAAGCCAAAUUAAAUUUUGAACUGUGCUCAGCCUCUUUUAUUUCCUUUCUGUCUUGCAGGCAUGUUUAUCUAAUUUAAACUGCCCUUGAGGAGAGAAAGUUAAAUCUUUCAUUAAAAGUGCUGAUGACAUCUUUGAAGGAUAAAUAUUUCCAAAUCACUGUUUUCAUUUACCCCAAUUUCCCUAACAAAAGAUAUUUUAAGGGACUUUGCAUCUGAUUAUUUAAAUUUCUGGGCAUUUAUUCUGGCUAAAUUAACUUUUUCCAGUUUCAAACUGUAAGGUAAUAGUUUGAACCUAUUGUUGUUAUUGAAUAACUGCAGCCCACAAAAAGAAAAGACGGAGGCUUAAUUUUACAUAUUUACUUUGAUUAUUUUAAUUCAGUGUGAUUAAGUGUGAUAUGUUUGAAGUUUUGUACCAAUCUUGGAGGUUGUUCAGUAUUACUUUCAGUGAAAGAAAUCCUGCUGAGCAAAAUGUUCAAUAACUUGUAUGCAUAUCUUUGAAAUUUUUUUAAAAUGUAUUUUUUUCAUUCUGAUAAUGGAUUGUUGUCCCUUUAAAAAUGUUUCAUCUUUUUCUAUUUAAUAACUAAAAAUUUUAAGACACCAUUGAACACUAUGUUUAACUAUGUUUAAUUCUAGCUUCAAGGAAAAACUAGCUGUUUCAUUUA